AACCCGAAUCCUCCCUCAAAACCAGAAGCAGUCCCUAUACGAAAUGGAAAUCUAAUUUCACCAGUAAAACUGCCUUUCGCUUCGCUCCAAAAAAUUACACCAAAAAAAAAAAUCACACAUUAAAAACCCUAACCCUAAAUUUUCUGCAUUUGACUUCAAAUGGCUAGCGAUACCCAAGAUUCUCAUCGAAGGAAGCACCCUCGUUCUCCAUCCGAUGACGAGGAAACAGAGAAACCCUCCAAACGCCACAAGCACCGCCACCAAAAACACCGUCACCACCGCCACCGCAGCAAGAAACACGAAGACGAAUUCAAAGAUGGUGGCGAAGGUCCCCCCUCUCCUCCUCCUUCUCAUUCGGACCUUCGACCUGAUGAUGACGUCGAGGAAGGAGAGAUUCUUGAGGAGGAACCCGCCGUCGAAUCUCGCGAGAGACUUGGUGAUUCAAAUCGGGGAGUUGGCGAAAAUAGUAAUUCUGUGGAUGAGCAAGUAAGAAGCAUCGGUGACAACAGUGGUGAGAGGAAUCAAAGUCAUGCUGGGUUGUUUAGAAAUUUAAGUGUUGAGUCUCAAGGAGAGUUGGUCCCUAGAGUUGUCCCUGAUGGUCAUCUAAAUGGGUAUUUUCAAUCACAUCACGUAGAGGGUACAAGGCAGCAUCAGCAGUCUAGGCUUCCUUCAAGAAGCGGCAAGAAAAAGAAUUACCAUGAGGAUGUUGAAAAGGCUGAUGCUAGGAAGUUAAGUGACAUGAGAAAGUCAUUGUCCUCUGAAUGCUCUGGGGAAAAGUGCAUGACAUCAGCUAUCUCACCUUUUGAUUCAAGAUAUGAUGAUUAUACUAGGAGUAGAUCUGAGUCACAUGAUCUUUCUAGGGAUAGAUCAUGUUCUCGAAGCAUAGCAGAUGAGGAGGCUCUUUCGAAAAGAAGUCGUCGCCUCAAACGUGAUCCUAGUCGGGAUGGACAACAUCGUAGUAGAAACUUAGUUAAGGGUGAUGACAAGGAACGAAGUGUUAGUUAUGAUAGAUAUGUUGGUGAAGAAAGGCAUCGGAGUAUGGAGAUGCGGGUUAUUGUGAGGAGCAGGGAAAGGGAGAUAGAUUGGGAAUGGAGAAGGGAGAAGGAGUGUGAAAGAAGCAAAGAGAGGGAGACGGAUGUUGAAUGGAGAAGGCACAGAGACAAGGACAGGGAGAUUUAUGGUGAGAGAAGGGAGAAGGAGCAAGCAAGGAGCAGAGAUAGAGACAUGAGUGGUGAAAGGAGAAGGGAGAAGGAGCAAGAGAGGUGUAGGGAGAGAGAACUGGAGAGUCAAAGGAGAAGGGAGAAGGAGAGAGGGAAGAAGAGGGACAGGGAUCUAGACAGUGAGAGGAGAAGGGAGAAGUUGUCUGAUAGGAGCUGGGAAUGGGAAGCAGAUAGAGAUAGGAAGAGGGAGAAGGAAAGAGAUUGGAGCAGGGUUCAUGGCGGAGCUAAUGACAAAGAUAGAGAGAGGAAAACCGAAAAAACUGAAGAAUGGAACCAAGAGCAAGAAAGGGAGAGGAGAAGUGACAGGAGUAAGGAUCAAGGUAGGAAUAUUGAGAUUGAAAAUGAUGGCUAUGGUCAUCGAGAUAGGUAUAAGAAUUAUAAGCACUUGAAACGCGAUGAAACAGAAGCUUAUCGAGACAGGAUAAGGAAGAAUGAAACAGUGAAGGUUCAUGGUUCUAACAGUAAUUCAUUGGAAGUAGAUGCGGAUAAACUAAAAAGAGAUGAAGAGGAGCAAGAUGAUUUUGAAAAAGGGAUUGCAUUAAAAGUUGCUGAACAGGAAGAGGAAGAACUCAAUAGGAUUAAAAAGGAAAGUAGGAAGCGAAGGCAAGCCAUCUUAGAGAAAUAUAAGAGUCAGCAGUUACAGCCUCAAACUCAAUCUUAUCCGGUGGAUGUGAAUAAAGAUAAUGGGCCUGUAGAGAAUCAUGGGCAAACAGUAGCUGCUGCUAAUGCUGGUCCAGAUGUUCUUGGUGGUGGACAUGAAGAUGUCUAUGUUGCUGAGCCAUUGUUGUCAGUUAGGAAGUCACCUUCAGAAAAUGGGCAUACUGCUCCUGAGAGGACAUCUGGUGCUACUGGGCUUGGUGAGGGUACCCCAAAGAGUGAGAGAUCAGAAAAUAUUUUCUGUGAUGAUAUAUUUGGAGAAACGCCCACUGGAGUUCGUAAAUUGGGUAAAGGUGAUGGCUUGCCAGUUAUAAGGAGUGGUCUUGAUGACAAUUGGGAUGAUGCAGAAGGAUAUUAUAGCUAUCGAUUUGGUGAGCUUCUUGACAGCCGAUAUGAAGUAACUGCUGCUCAUGGAAAAGGUGUUUUUUCAACUGUUGUACGUGCAAAGGAUAUUAAGGCUGGUAUUUCCGAUCCUGAAGAAGUGGCCAUAAAGAUCAUUCGUAAUAAUGAAACAAUGCACAAGGCUGGUCAGCUGGAGGUUCAAAUAUUGAAAAAAUUAGCAGGUGCAGAUCCAGAUGAUAAGCGCCAUUGUGUUCGUUUUCUGUCAAGUUUCAAGUACAGGAAUCAUCUAUGUUUAGUUUUUGAGUCACUUCAUAUGAAUCUGCGUGAAGUUCUCAAGAAGUUUGGUCGCAAUAUUGGUCUUAAACUAACUGCUGUCAGAGCAUAUGCUAAGCAACUUUUUAUUGCGCUUAAGCAUCUAAAAAACUGUGGUGUUCUUCAUUGUGAUAUAAAGCCUGAUAACAUGCUGGUAAAUGACGCAAAAAAUGUGCUGAAGCUCUGUGAUUUUGGUAAUGCCAUGUUUGCUGGUAAAAAUGAAAUUACACCAUACCUUGUAAGCCGCUUUUAUCGAGCCCCAGAAAUAAUUCUUGGUUUGCCUUAUGAUCAUCCAAUGGAUAUUUGGUCUGUUGGUUGCUGUUUGUAUGAGCUAUAUGCUGGAAAAGUUCUUUUCCCUGGUCCUACAAACAAUGACAUGCUACGCCUCCAUAUGGAGCUCAAAGGCACUUUUCCAAAGAAGAUGCUGCGUAAGGGAGCAUUUACAGAACAACACUAUGAUCAAGAUCUGAAUUUCCUUGCUAUAGAAGAGGAUCCUGUUACUAAAAAGAGUAUAAAGAGGAUGAUUCUUAACAUAAAGCCAAAAGAUAUCAGUUCAAUUAUUGUUGGCUCUCCUGGUGAGGAUCCUAAGAUGCUAGCCAACUUCAAGGACCUUCUAGAAAAAAUUUUUUUGUUGGAUCCAGAGAAGAGAAUGACAGUAACACAGGCAUUGACUCAUCCUUUCAUCACGGGCAAGUGAAACAUGUUGCUGAUUUUAUGACUCCAGAAAUGUGUUGCGCUAAAUAUUUGUUCAUUAUGACCUAACUCAUAUUUAGAUAUCUAAUCAUUGGGAAUUCUGUCUUUAUCUUCUCUGUGCUGGACUGAGAGCUUUGGACGGCAUGGUUGAAGUCAGAAGGGUGAUGUUUGGUACGCCUGACUCUUUACUGGUGAUUCUUUCAGUGGAAUGUACUUUUUCUAUUGUAAGAAAACUAGCCAAAGGCGUUUUUAUCUCUUGUAAUCAUUAUUGAUUAUGGCCAUUGUGCAAAAUUUGUUAUUAUCUUUUUACCUGUUGCAAUUGUUGGAAAAUAAUGACAGAAAUAUAUUUAGUUUCCUAUGAGUUUAUAGAACAAAAUUAGUUCUUUAAACUAGGCAUGGUUACUGCUCCCUUUUGACCUUUUUAUUUUAGUUUCUUCUGCUCUUUUAUGGUUGUUGGUUUUGAUGGUUCCAUUGUUGCUUUUCUUGUUAAGAGCCAUUUGGUUUUCUUUUUCUAUCCUGUCAGAAUUGUUUGGGCCGUGGAAAUCUAAUUUGAUUUUUC